AAAUCGUUGAUAGACUGAGUAGUCUUCGUCUCUCUCGAUCUAGCUUCUGUUUUCUUUUGCAAGUGAAAAUCUGUUGGAAACUGAAGAAUUGGAUGGAAAAGAAAAUCGAGGAAGGAUUUAGCGAAUUCUCUCGAGAAGCUUGAUUUGAAUCCCUGUUCCAAUUCCAAACCCAAGUCUCUUCCUCUCGUCUCUUCCACAUCCUCGUCGUCAUCAUCGUCCAGUAUUCGAACUGGGAGGACGAAGCCUCCAAAUUUAGUGAGUUUAUGUCUCGGAGUUGUUGGCAAGCACUUGGAGGAUAUUAUUCCGCACUUAGAUGAUAUUGCAACCGGCUUUCCAGCUGACAUUAAGAUUGCAGUAGCUGCAAUUGCCAGAAGAAGAAAGCUACUGAAUGAUGACAUCAUCAUCGCUUUAGCCGAUAGUUCUUGGGAAAUUCUUGAUGUGUGUGGUUCAGAUGUUUCUGAUUCUGGGUUAGCAAAAAUGGCAGGAAUUUGCAAAUCUCUUCGUGCUGUGGAUAUAAGCUCGUGCAAUCAAAUUACUUCUGUGGCUGUCUCUGAACUCGUCCAACAAUGCCAUUCAUUGGAAACUUUAAGAUGCGGAGGGUGCCCAAGGAGUGAGUUCACUGCACGUAGUUGCUUGAGCAUAUUUAAACCGAAGCUGAAAGAUGUGGCUGGAGAUUCUUGGGAGGAACUUGAUGCCACUGACAUUGGUCAUGGUGCACAAUCAUUACGCUGGCUAGUUUGGCCAAAGAUAGAUAAAGAUUCAAUGGAAAUGCUUGCCACAGAAUGCCCAAGAAUUAUAGUAAAUCCAAAGCCUUCCCUGUUUGGUUUCAAGGGAACUGAAGUACCCAGAGAAGCAUUAUCAGAUGUUGCAUUGGAUGAUCCUUUUGUGAAAGAUAUUGAUCCAAAAACAUGGCUUGUAUGUGGCUUUGUACCAAAGGCCAUAUCCAAAUUUCCUUCGAGCCCCAACGAGCUGUCCAUGGCAGAAAAAUUUAGACUUGCAUUUGUGGAAAGGGACACUCGUUUGGCGCCAAAGCGUGCCAAGAAUGCAAGGCAACAUCAGCGGCGUGCUGAGAGAGAAUGGAUGAUGACAGAUACAACAGCCAAGGCAAUGGCUUUGGCCUCAAAGUCAAAGGUGAUCAAAUCACUGCGAAGUAGAAACUAGAGAUGGAUGCUUCUUUGUAAUGUAACCUAUGAUAAAAAACAAAAAAAAAAGGAACCAAAAAAGAGAAUACAGAUCCUCAAAUUUCCUUUCUUUCUUGGAUAAGAGGGGUAUGCCUGGAUCCAAGGUAUAGGAUCUUUUUAUGUUAAAAAAUGUGUUUGGGUUCUCGAUUCUAUUAUUGAGUUAGAAGCA